GGAGGGGAGGCCGACAUCCCCGAGGCCCGACAGGGCCGAGAAGGGGGCGUUUUUGCCGGAAUAUAAGAGAACUAAGAUUUCCCUGAGGAGAGACAAGGACGAGGAGAUCCAGCCAUGCCUUCCGAGGGGAAAUCCGACAUGGAUAGGAUCGGCCUCUUCAGUGAGAUGGGGUACAUCACCAUUGGGGACCGAUAUGUUUCCCACUAUAACCGCCCGUUCAACGAAGCCGCCAGCAAGAAGAAGCAGAUGCUCCCCGGAGGCACCAAGGUGAUGUCCGACCUCCAGCCGGGCUACUUCGAGCCCCGUUUUGUCAGGAUCUUCGAAGGCGAGGGCUACACGAAUAGGAACCAACUUCGGAGACGGUAUCUGGUGGAGGAGUCCAAAAAGAACCUGGGCAAAGCCUUCCUGCCCAGUAGUGGAGAGAAGAAGCCGAGCGGACUAGGAAGCUACUACGGGACCAUCGGAGGCCCGUGCCCCUUCUUCAGCAGACAAGCCAGAGCCAGAGACAAAUAUCUUGCUCCUGGGAAGAAUAUAUACACAAACCCAGGCAAGAAAGGCAGCGGAUACGGGUAUCCCAACCUCACCAUCGGCAAGCAGCUUACGCACUCCUCGGAUUUCUAUGACACCGCCAAGGACAAUCUGAAGAAAGAGAUGGAAGCCCACCGCAGCCGGCUCAAAGGGACCGCUUUCAAGCUGAACCUGCACCCAAAGGAAUACUUCAACCCCAACCCUUAUUUCCUGGAAAACCCUCUGCCCCCACUGAAGAAGCGAGAGAAGGCCAAACACACGGGUCUGCCAUUUAAACCAACUUCACCCCCUAAAAAGCCAGGUGGCAUGAAAGCUGGCACGUUUGACCCGUACCCUGCCCAUUCCAAUGAACCUUUUUCGGUGAAACCACCCCAAACCAUCGCGAAGAAAUCAGGAAAGAUCUUCCACCCUCCCAGUGGGCCCAAAAGCAGACCAAUCUCCAGUAUAAUGGCCACCAACAUCAAAAAAUCAUUAAAUGCAGUGAAUUACAAGAACGCAACUAUGAUCUCCUAUUAGCACCGAAGAGAGCGGGGACGCCUGGCCCGGUGGUAGAAAUCGAUGAACAAUUUGUAGUCACUGUCUGAAUGAAAUUAAACAACGGGAAGCCUGUGGACGUGACCAAUUUAGUCUUCAUCUUUUUUCUUGUUCAUGAUGUUUUUUAUAAAUAAAUGUUAUUAAUGGCUGUUUAUAAAGUGGAAAUGGAUUAAUGCUGGGUUUUUUUAUUUGAAGGAAGUAGAAUCAGAUCAAAAGAACUCAUUGUUUGGAACUUGCAAAGCUGUAAAAUCACACAUCUCCAAGAGACCUUCCUUGACUAAACCCUCAUUUCCUUUUCUCCCACUCCCUUCUGUGUCACCCUUAUAUUUGGUGUCACCCUUAUACUUGGUUUCACAUCCUUUAUUCACCCUUCCCUCAGCCCCACAGCACCUA